AAUUCAUGGAGUCUGGUCGCUGCUCUUAAAUCUUGUAGCAGCCUCGCAGCUCGAGAUGGAGCAAAAGCCCGGAUGCUGGAAAGAGUCCAUUUUCGUGCAGAAUGCCCUCCUUGAUAUGUACGUGAAGUGUGGCUCCCUGUUUGAUGCCAACCGGGUGUUUUCCAUGGCAAGAACACGAGACCUCGUGUCUUGGAACAUUGUAAUGCUUGCGUAUGCUCGAAACGGAGAGGGCAAUUCCUCCUUGGAGAUGUUUGUGGCGAUGCUCUCUGAAGGGUUUGUUCCAGAUGCUCGAACUUACGUCGCAGCACUGAAAGCUUGUGCCAGUCUUGCGCUGGAGGAGGAAAUUCACGAUGAAUCAUCCAGGUUUUCCGCGAAUAUCAAAGUGGUGUCUCUGGAGAAAGGUAUGGCUGUCCAUUCUCACGCACUCAAGAGCCGGUUUUUAUGUGAGAACUACGUUGUGAGCAGCUUGAUCGACAUGUACGCGAAGUGUGGCGACAUGAGAGGUGCCGAGAACAUCUUUGCAAGCGACCAGAUUUGCUCCAAGCUCAACGUGGUGGCGUGGAACUCCAUGAUACAGGGCUAUGUGGAGAAUGGACAGUAUGAUCGAGCUCUGGAGCUGUUUGAAGCCAUGAAAAUCGGCUCCAAGAACAAGGAAUGCUGCUCGCCAGACGCUCGAUCCUUUGUCUCGGCACUCAAGGCCUGCAGUAGACGCGCUACAGAGGAGGAGUUUCUCAAGCUGGAUGGAUUCUCACUCAAAGUCGUGUCGCUCGAGAAAGGCAUGGCUAUCCAUUCGCAGGCUCUACAAGCGAAGCUCAACUUGGAUCCCUUCCUCCAGGCCUGUUUGAUCGACAUGUACGCGAGCUGUGGCCUCGUGACUGAUGCUCGGCGAUGCUUCGAUGGGGUAUCGCAGCACAGCUUAGUUUCUUGGACGGCUUUGGUGAAUGGCUAUGCCGAGAACGGGCAGUGUGACUUAGCCUUGGAGUUUUUCUCCUCCAUGCUCUUCGAAGGCUUUCGAGCGAACUCUUACACUUACGUCGCGGCACUGAAGGCUUGCAGCGGUCUUGCGGCGAGAGAAGAAGCAACCAAAACUGAGGACGGUGCUCGACUCGUGAAGCUUGGCUCUCUGGAGAAGACGAUGGCCAUUCACUCUCACGCAAAGUGCUCUGGUUCUUCAUGGGGUGUUUACUUGGCGAGCAGCUUGAUCGAUGCGUAUACAAAGUGUGGCUGUAUUGAGAUGGCUCGCUGGAUCUUCGACAGCACAAAGCUCCAUAGCAUUUUCCAGUGGAACUCGUUGAUCAGUGGCUAUGCAGAAACUCCUGGCGGCGGUAGACUGGCGCUCCAACUGUUUGAGCUCCUGAUGGCCCAGUCCGAAGCGUCUUGCAUCCCGGAUUCGUGGACGUUCUCUGCAGCAGUCAAGGCGUGCGCGGCUCUCGCAAUGGACGAAGACGCAAAGGUCUUAAAAGGUGGUGAUGGUCCAGAGAUCAAAGUAAGGAUGAAGUCACUGGAAAUGGCGAUGGCUCUUCACUCUCGAGCUGCUGAGAAGCGUCAUGACUGCGAGAAUGCCUACUUUGCGAGCAGCCUGGUGGAGAUUUACGCAAGAUGUGGAAGCAUGGCCGACUCACAACGAGCUUUUGAUCGAUGCGGAGUUCGCAGUCCAGUGCUCUGGAUGGGAUUAAUCUCCGGCUACUGCGAAAAUGAGCAGGGAGGCAAGGCCUUGGAGCUGAUUGCUCAAAUGAGAUCCGGGGGUUGCUUGGCACGGAGCUCGUGGACGUUUCUCACGGGUCUAAAGGCUUCCAAGAACACUGGAGAGCUAAGGACAGGGAAAGCACUCCACGCGGAAGUUUGCCAGUGUGGCCUCGAGGACGAUCCAGCCAUCGCGACUCAGCUCGUGGAUUUUUACGUCAAGUGUGGAACCAUGGUAGAAGCCGAGCAGAUCUUUUGCUCCAUCAAGGAAACCAAAGUUUCAACUUGGACCGCGCUGAUAGCAGGGUAUAGCCUCCAAGGGACCUCCAAAACGGUGUUUGAUCUCUUUGACAAGAUGCUGGAUGAGGGGUUUAAGCCGGAUUCCAUAACAUUCCUGUCGAUUCUUACUGCUUGUAGUCAUGCCGGUCUCGUGGAUAAGGGACGGGAGAUUUUUAGCUGGAUGAGCUCCUCGAAGUUUGGAAUAGUUCCCAGCGUCGAGCACUAUCACUGCAUGGCGGACAUGCUUUGUAGAGCCAACAAAGUUGGCCAGGCUGUGGAGGUGCUACAAGCAAUGCCAUGCAAGGCCGACGCUGUGACUUGGAUCUUAGUGAUGGAUGCAUGUAAGAAGUGGAAGAAUGUGGAUAUAGCACAAAGAGCAUUUAUAGAGUUGCUCAACUUUGAGGAUAAUGCAGCAAAUUAUAUCAUCUUGUCAAAUACAUUGAAUGUGUGAAAUUUAGCAACAAGCUAUAAAUGAUGUGCCAGUGUUACUUUCUACCUUUUAUUGACCGAAAUCUUCCAUUUUAUAAUAAGUAUAUACUAUUAA